AUGGCGAGCAUGUUCGUUAUAACUCGCCCAGCAUCCAUUCCGUCCGAUUCAACGGACCACAAAGUUACAAUCGAAAUUUUGGAACUAAGCCCGAAAAUGUUCUACGAAACAGUGCCAUCCAAAAGCAUCAAUGUUUACCUGACUGCUUCGGUCAUUAAUGAUUCUGCCAAGCCGUUCCUUGCAGGCCAAGCAUCUGUAUAUUUUGAUAACAGCUUCAUUGCUAAGACUCAACUUAAUUCUGUUUUUCCGGGAGAGCGCUUCCAGUGCUCCUUAGGUGUCGAUCCGGCAGUAAAAGUUGAAUACAGACCUGUGCACAAGUAUACUGAACAGAGUGGACUACUUACAAAAACGGUGUCCACAAUGAAUGAGCAAAAAAUUAUAAUCAAAAAUACGAAAUCAAGCAGUAUUAUGAUAACAGUAAAGGAACAUGUGCCCAAAUCUACUGAUGAGAAGAUCAAGGUUUCAUUUUAA